AUGGAUGUCAAGACCGUCGAUUUCACGCCCUUCACGGACCAAAAACCUGGCACCUCUGGCCUGCGCAAGAAGGUUACGGUUUUCCAAAAGCCGAACUAUAGCGAGUCUUUUGUUGCAAGCAUCCUACUGUCCAUUCCCGAGGGCGCUGAAGGUGCCUCUCUCGUCAUCGGCGGCGAUGGGCGAUUCUGGAACCCGGAGGUGAUCCAGUUGAUCGCCAAGAUGGGUGCGGCAUAUGGCGUUAAGAAGCUUCUAAUCGGUCAGGAUGGCAUCUUGUCGACGCCAGCCGCCAGCCACCUUAUUCGCAAGCGCAAGGCUACCGGUGGCAUCCUCCUGACUGCCAGCCACAACCCCGGCGGGCCCCAGAACGACUUCGGCAUCAAGUACAACCUUGCGCAUGGCGGGCCCGCGCCCGAGUCGGUGACGAACAAGAUCUUCGAGACUUCCAAGACGCUGACAUCGUACAAGAUCGCCAGCAUCUCCGAUGUUGACAUAUCCACAGUGGGCACCAGGACGUACGGGAAUCUCGAGGUCGAGGUGGUCGAUAGCACGGCCGAUUACAUGGAGAUGCUAAAGGACAUCUUCGACUUCGAUCUGAUCAAGAAAUUUUUCGCAACACAUAGCGACUUCAAGGUCCUUUUCGAUGGCCUCUCGGGCGUUACCGGGCCGUAUGGUAAAGCGAUCUUCGAGCAGGAGCUUGGUCUCGGCCCCGAGUCCACCCAGAACUGCGAGCCGUCGCCUGAUUUCAACGGCGGCCACCCGGACCCUAAUUUGACUUACGCGCAUGAGCUCGUCGAGGUUGUUGAGAAAAAACAGGUUCCUUUCGGCGCCGCCUCGGACGGAGACGGUGACCGGAACAUGAUCUACGGUGCCGGCGCCUUCGUCUCCCCCGGCGACAGUCUGGCCAUCAUUGCUCACCAUGCGAAGCUGAUCCCGUAUUUCAAACGGAAUGGGGUCUACGGAUUGGCCCGCAGCAUGCCCACAUCCGGGGCUGUCGAUCUAGUGGCGAAGAAACAGGGCCUUGACUGCUACGAGGUACCCACGGGGUGGAAGUUCUUCUGUGCCUUGUUCGACGCCGAUAAGUUGUCCAUCUGUGGCGAGGAGUCGUUCGGGACCGGAAGCAACCAUAUUCGGGAGAAGGAUGGUCUCUGGGCAAUUGUUGCCUGGCUUAACAUCAUCGCUGGCCUUGGUGUGGCGAACCCUGGUGUUGCACCGAGUAUCAAGCAAAUCCAGAAGGACUUCUGGACCGAAUAUGGCCGUACCUUCUUCACCCGUUAUGAUUAUGAAGACGUCGACGCGGAUGGUGCCAACAAGGUGGUCGGGGUUCUCAAGGACCUGGUUGCCGACCCUAGCUUCGUCGGCAGCAAAGUUGGCCACCGCACUGUGACCGGAGCUGGCAACUUUUCCUACACUGACCUAGACGGUUCCGUGUCGUCAAACCAGGGCCUGUACGCCUGCUUUUCAUCUGGCAGCAGGAUCGUUGUUCGACUAUCAGGGACUGGUUCGUCGGGCGCCACGAUCCGUCUGUAUAUCGAACAGCACAGCAGCGACCCGACCACCUAUGACAUGGAUGCCCAGGACUUCCUCGGGCCUGAGAUCAAAAUGGCGACGGAGCUCCUAAAGUUCAAGGAGUUCAUUGGCCGGGACGAGCCCGAUGUGAAGACGUAG